AUGUGCGUGACUUCCGCAUCCACUUGGCACAACUCUCCAACAAAAACUGAUAAAAUCGGGGAAAUGAAAGCACCAGUUUACCCAUCGAGCAUCAUGACAAAAUGUUCGGAGGAUAUAGAUGUGAUUCAGACAGUGCGCAAACCAAAAAAUCACGUUACUCAACUGCAAAACUUUGUAGACUAUGAGCUUGAGACCAUGAUUAGAUCAGGAAAGACAAACCUACAGCGAUAUUGGACUGACUCGAUUCGCUGUAAAGCAUUGAUACCAGUAGCAAUAUCUGUAGAACAUCGAUUCAUAAAAGAGCUGAUUCGGAAUUCCGUUCUCCUCAAAUCGGCACAAAGGCGUCCUAGCCAACACCAACAGCUGAGUAUGACCGUGGCCGCCAUCAGCAUCCUUCGGGGAGCCCCCUUCAGUCCAUUUGGUGCCAUGUACCACCACCGGCAUCGGUCGCUACUUGCCCGAGUCUUUUGA